AGAAAUCUUGUGACUCGUAUCCAUCCUGCGUUAAGGCUAGCAGCCAGGCAGAAAUCAGUGUGGAAAGAAUUACUGAGCCUAAGACCUGUGGAGUGAAAAGAAUGGAAAAACAAAUUCCUAGUGUCGAGAAGAAAUCAAGCACUGGACUGGCGAAAUUCAGUAGAGUCAUUUCAUUUGACCGUCAAAAUUGGGAGCUGUGGUAUUUCCCCAGAGGCACACUGAACCAGUUCUCCAGCAGAAUCACCACCGCAAUUUACAAGGAAGCAAGUUCAGAGAUGGAGCUCAGAGGCGCUUAUGGCAGAAUUGACCUUUUCCUCCUGGUCAGUGAACAAAGGCAACUCAGCUCUGUUAUAAUGAAGCAUGCUGCCCUUCUCUUGGAAGACCACUCCUUUGAGAAAAUCAUUGUUUUCUUCUUAAACAAGCCUUUUGGCAGCUUUCCUGUGGAAGGGCUGAGGUGCUUUCCUGCCCAUGCCGUGAUGGAUGGUGAAGCUGGGCAGCUUCCUGAGGAGGAAAACAAGUGGAAUCUCUCAGGAUCUCCCCAGAUGCACUCUAAUGGAACAGACCUGUUGACCAAAUUUUUCUUUUCUAGUAAAGAAGAGCAAUCACGAAGCAAAAUCCCAGACAGCCCCAUUCCCAGUUGCCAGGUGGAGAAGCCGAAGAAAACUGGGAUAGCAUUCUUUUCCAAGGUGACGUGGAACCUGAUGUUCAAAGACCAGGAGCCUCUGAAGAACGCGUUUUUCCUUUUGGCGGAAAAGGCCCGAGACAGCAACAUUACAAAGCGUCACAUGGCUAUUCGAGGCUUAGGGAAUAUGGCCCGCGAAGCCCCAGACAAGGUCAAGAAGUAUAAGAAGGUAUUACUGGAUCCCCUGGUUCAUGGGCUCUAUGAUCCUGUGAGUCCUGAAGUCAUAUAUGAAAGCGUAAAGGCUCUUAGUGUUCUCCUGGGCAAGAUCAAGGGGACAGGUUUGGGCUCCUUCUUCAUAGACAUCACCCUCCAAACCAGGACGUUGCUCGAUGAUGAAAAUGACAACCUGAGGUACUCGGCGUUUAUCUUGUUCGGACAACUGGCUUCAUUUGCUGGGUGGAAGUGGAAGAAAUUUUUCACCACUCAAGUUAAACGAACUCAGGCCUCAUUCCUGGUCCACUCCCGGGACAUAAAUUCCAAUGUGGCCAUGGCAUGCAGAGCUACUUUUCAUGCCUGUUCCCCAUUUCUGAGGCCAAGAAAGAGAUCCCUCGAAUACUCAAUUCAGAUCCAGGAAGAACAAAGGAACCCUAAACUCUACCGACAACUGAGUCACUAUCACCCAGAACUCUUGCAGUUCUUCUAUGCAAAUAAAAUCCUCUGAAGCCUCUGCAGCAUGGAAAGCAUGAACUCACCCUGGAGAGCCCAGCUUGGAUUCUCUUUAUUGUAUUCAGCUGAUUUCCCGUUCUUUAUGCCCACAUCCCUCAGAGUGAGAAAAAAUAGCUUUUAAUAGCAUUCUGUAGUAAUCUAUUUGCCUUUACUGAGUCCACUUUUCAUUAUCCAUGUCAGAUCUUUAAGAUUGCUUUCACUUAGCCUUCAUUGCCACUAUUUUGAACUAGGGGUGUCGCAGUCUCCAGGCUCAAUUACCUCUCCCCUAUACAGCUGGGUCCCAAUAGGACUUAGCUGGUCUUAACUCUGCCUCCCUUGGUUUAUAUCCAUUGUUUCAUUUUUCCCUCAGUAACCAGGAACUGACUAGCACUUCUAUGUGGCUUAUUUUAUCCUCCAAAAUAUUUUAACAGUUUUCUGGGGUGGCAUACAGCUUUGUAAAAACUCACCACUCACUAAUUCCUUUCCCAUCUUCUGGUACAACCAAUAUUAACACUUUGCCCUUUCAGCCAAUUAUCUAGUCUUUAAUCAUCAAAUCUCAAAACUGUCCCAUAAAUGAAUAAUUUCCUAAAUUUCCUCUCUUCUAUUAUUUGUCUAAAUUCCAUUUUCCCCUGCCCUAAAAAGAGGCUUGCUUCUCUUUCUGAGCUAAACAAUACACCUUCAUGAUUUGUCCCAACACCUCUUUUUCACAUUCAAUCAUAUUUUAAAAUGAUUUGAAAGUAUCUGCUCCCCACCUUUUCCCAGGUGGCAUAAAUGACAUCUUUGAAACAUUGCUACAUAAAAGGACUUGCCUACAUUUCGCUUUCAUAGUUCCAUAACUUUCACAAGUAUCAUCAAUCUGUGUUCCUAUGCAUUUUGUGAAUUUAGAUUUCAAAUAAAUUUUGUUCUGAUUAAAGA